GUCAUUCUGACUGCGUUCUCGAAGACUCGUACCACCGAGUUUUUCUUUGUUAGGUACUUCAUACACCCCCAAUCUCAAUAAAGACCUGACAAACUCCCCAUGGAGAUACGCAAGCUUGUUCGGCGGGAAUUUACUUCAAAAAACCGUUCUUUCGUUAGAUUAGCUGAGGCUAGUAGGGCAACGCCUCUCGCCUUCAAAGAUGGCUCUGCACUGGAGAAGGUAGAUAGCUUGCGCCAAGAGCUGAGUGUGCUUGAGCUUCACAGUUGUGAAGAAGAACGCGAACAUAUUGAUUGUGAGGAAUUUCAAACCAGAAAACUAGAGGAAGGACUGGACGAAGAGCUAGUGGAUUUUCCUUCCGUGGAAAAGGAGCUAGAAAGCCUACGGCAGGAAAGGAUUAUCCUAGAGCUAUUCGGUGAGGUUUGCACUGGUGAAGAACAAGGCGAAUACAUCGAAGAUAAAGAAUUCCAGAUUAAACAGCUGGAGGAAGCGCUGGAAGAGCUCAAAUUGAGAAGACGUGAGGCGGAGGAGAUGCUGAAGGAUGCCGAGCAGUUUCCAUUCGUUUUAUUUGCAAGGACACAGCCUACGAAUGCGACCAUCACCAUGGCCAAUGUGCUGUUGUUUGGGAUAAUUGCAUGGCUUGCGCUGCUAACAGCACUAGGAUACACUCUCUGGAUCCUGGCUGGCAAGGCCAUGCUAACUAUAUAUGCUGGUUUAGCAGUGACUCCACUUUGCGAUGACAAUAAAAUGUCGCAAGUCCCAACGGUGUGUUGCUGAAGAAAUCUUUGACGUUAACAUCCGCAUUACCAGUCUCAAGAAGCAAUCUCAUCACCGCCUCACUCCCUCCUUUUGCAGCCACGUGUACCGGUGUACGGCCGCCGAUCUCUUUGGCAUUGACAUCUGCAUUACCAGUCUCAAGAAGCUGUCUUGUCACUGCUUCAUGCCCAUAUCUUGCAGCGAAAUGUAACGGGGUCCAUUUUUUAUGAAUCGUUUCAUCACCAACACCCACAUCUCCAAUCUCG